AUGAUGUUGAUUAAAAAUCAUUUUGGUUUUAAAUUAUAUAAACGUUAUGUUCAUGAAAUAUUUCAUAACGAAAAGCAUUCAGAUUAUGUUUUAUAUCGUACGAACAAAGACAAAGAAAAAUUUGAAAAGUAUUUUGAAAUAAAUAAAUCAGUGCUUGUAUGUAUUACAUGGGUAUUCAAUAUGUUAAAUUAUAAAGAUAGUAUUGAUGGUUAUUUAGCUUAUAAAAGUCUAGUGAAACAAAAAAACCGUCCACGUAUAAAUGAUUUACGAAUGUCUCUUACAAUAGAAGAAGUAUUUAAUUGUUAUUUUAAAAGAAAUAAUUAUUUAACUAAAGAAAAUAUUUUACAAAUAUCAUUUUAUAAAUUAAUUUAUUUUUACUUAAUUGAAUUAAAACGUUUACUAGCUGUAAAUUUGUUUAGAAUAUAUUUACAUUGUUCAAAGGAUCAUUUAAAUUGUACUAAUAGAUUAAAUCCCAAACAAGAAGAUGAUUUAACAAGUUCAACAGAUCGAUGUGUCCGGUUAUAUACAGUUCGUUCUCGAUAUCUAGUUGGUAUUAAAGGUAAAUUCAAAUCAAUAUGGCCUGGAAUAUAUGAAAUUAUAUGUCGUAUUCAACUGGAUAAGAAUGAAGAAUAUUUAACAGAUUACAAUGAACAUUGUAGUCGAAUUCCAGAAUCAGAAAAAAGUGUCCAAUGCUAUUUUUAUGCAUUAGCUGAUCAUGGUCUUGAUUGUGAAUGCAACAGAAAAAAAAAUGAAUAUUGUUAUCGUAAUAUUUUACUUGAUUAUGUACAAUUAAAUAUUGUUGAAUAA